UGAAGGAAGCUCGCCACAUUUGCUCUGCACAUUGGACUGCACGUUCAUCGCCAUGCGCCGUUGUCCGCAGCUGCGCCUCGCACGAGCUUUUGCCGCCUCAGCCAAGCCUGGCGCCGGGAGGACCUACGGCCUGGGGGCUUUGUGCGGCGUGGGCCUCGGCGGCUGCGGCUUCGGCUUGGCGCUGGGGCAGUGGGAUGCCCAGCUGCGGCUCCGGCAGCUGCCGGCCUGCGGCCGCGUGUGCUGCGAGGACUUGACAGCAGCACAGAAGGCGCUUCCUGAGAAGUUGCGGGCCAUUGUUGGCAAGCAGCAUGUGGCGGAGAAUGUGAUUGAGACGGGGACCAUGGUGGGCCAGGGCCACGCGCUCCUCGUGGCGCGCCCGGGCACCUUGAAGGAGGCCCAGGAGGUGCUGAAGGCCUGCGUGGAGGCCGAUGUGGCAGUUUACCCCCAAGGAGCCAAGACCGGCAUCACUGGAGGCUCAGUGCCGCGAGAUGGGGGCGACCGACCCAGCGUGGUCAUCAACAUGAAGCGCUUGGAGAAGAUCCUGCCCAUCGGCGAGGGCCAGCAGGUGCUGUGCUUCGCAGGGGCCGGCAUCUUCAGCGUGCAGGAGGCCUUGAAGGCGGUGAGCCGGGAUUCCCACUCGGUGCUGGGCUCCAUCUUCCUGAACCCCUCGGUGGCUGCGGGCGUGGCCUUCGGCUCGGGGGGCACCCAGAUCCACAAGGGCCCGGCCUUCACAGAGCGCGCGCUUUUCCUGCGGGUGGGCAAAGAUGGGACUGUGGAGCUUGUGAAUACUUUGGGGCUGAAGCCCCAGGAUGAUGUGCUAUCCUUUCUGGAGGAAGCGAAGGCGCUGUCGGCCAGUGACGUGGAUCCCGCCUGCCGGCGGUCCGGGUCAUGGCCCAAGUACCGGCAGCAGCUCUGCCAGCUGGAUGCCAAGGUUUCCAGGUACAACGCCGACACCACCGGCGAAGACUGCUGCCGCUCCGAGGGCAAGGUGCUCAUCCUCGCCACGAUCCACGACACCUUCCCCCUACCAAAGGAGAGCAAGACGGUCUGGAUUUCCUGCAAAGACUUUGCCACUGCUCAGCUGAUGAAGGAGAAGGUGGCCUUGGCCUCGGCGGAGUGUUUGCCCAAGCAGCUGGAGUACCUCAGCCGGGCGCAGUUCGAUUGCUGCGACCAGGGGGGCCGCGUCCUCGUGAAGCUCAUCGAAAUGGUGGGCAUGAUGAACCUGGGAACCUUAUGGAACUUCAAGCUGAAGUUCGAGUCGCUGCCCAUUCCGUUUGCCAACCUCAUCGCAGACAAGAUGCUGUGGUACUUGAACCCCAUUUUCCCCGAAAGCUUGCCCAAGCAGAUCAUGAAGCAGGGCAAAGAGUUCGAUCACCACCUCAUCAUGGAGAUGACUGAGUUCGGGGGCGGGGAGCUGCGGCGCUUGGAGGAGGCGCUGCAGAAGCAGAUGGCCAAGCUGCCGGAGGGCCAAGCCCAGCUCUACGAGUGCAAGGAGGACUGGGAGAAGAGCCGGGUAAUGCUCUUCCGCUUCGCGGUUCAGCCCUCCAUCCGGACCCUCACGGUGGGAAAAGGCAAGCAGGGCCUCAUCAUAGACUAUGCCUUGCCCAAGAACCACAAGGGCAUUCUCGAGUUGCCUGACGACUUUCCGGUGGAGAUGCGGUGCUUGUGUUCACACUUCGGGUGCAACGUCUACCACGAGAGCAUGAUGCUCUCGACCGGCGUGGACGUCCACGAGGUCCACGACCGGGUCGCGAAGCUCAUCGAGGCCGCGGGGGGCAAAGUCCCCGCGGAGCACGGCCACGGCACGGAGUACGAGGCGCCCAGCGAUACGAAGCAGCGCUGGCAGCGCAUCGACCCCAGGAAUGUCAUGAACCCCGGGGUGGGCGGCAGCUCUUCUUUGAGGAACUACGCCUGAGAGAGAAACAUGUGCUCAGAGUCGCAGUGCUCAGAGUGAGCCGAAGAUCGAGGGCGUCUGAGAGGCGCCACUUUUCACCUGAGUUGUUUGAAGGUCUCGGCGCUGUUUGAAAUCUGACACUGAAGCGCCUGCGGAAAAAUGGCCA